AUGGAAAGACUUUUUGGAAUCGAAACUGAAUACGGAAUAACACUCGAAAAUGAAGCGCAUAUUGAUGCCGUCAAGCAGUCAAUUGAACUGGUAAAAAGUUACCGACAAGAAGAUUUUCGACCUGUGUGGGACUACCGCGGCGAGGAUCCGCUUCGAGAUGAACGCGGCUUUCGAGCGAGCUCGCUUUCCAAUCAUCCUGAUGAAAAGGAAGAGGAAAAGCACGACCAGAAACGCAAUAUUAAAGAACGGCUCUCUUUUGCUGAAAUCAAAAGCGAUCACAUUCUCACCAACGGCGCACGGCUCUACAACGACCACGCACAUCCAGAGUAUUCGACGCCUGAAUGCAGCAGUCUCUUUGACCUUGUCGCACACGAUAAAGCCGGCGAACGUAUCCUUCAACGGUGUGCCGAAACACGCAGCCAGAAACUCGGAAAACGGGAUACGGGGUUGCCCACAGCUUUCUUCAAAAACAAUAUUGAUCAUUUCACAGGUGCAACCUUUGGAUGUCAUGAAAACUUCCAAAUCAGUCGAGACGUUCCUUUUUACCGUGUUGUCAUCCCGACGCUUAUGCCCUUCUUCGUUACACGCCAGAUUUACGCAGGGGCGGGCAGAGUAGAUGAACUUGGUGAGCAACAAUACUAUCAGAUUUCACAACGCUCCGAUCACAUCGUCACUGAGAUUUAUGAAUGGAUCCAGUUCAGUCGCGCAAUCAUCAAUACGCGAGACGAACCACUCAGCGAUUACACGAAAUACCGUCGUCUCCAUCUUCUCGUUGGGGAUUCCAAUAUGUCGGAGUACGCAACCGCAUUGAAGGUAGGCACCACUGCACUCUUGCUUUCUGCUAUUGAAAUAUUCCACGAGAUGCAUGGUUUUGAACUCGCUGAUCCCGUCUACGCGAUUCGACACAUCUCACGCGAUAGUACCUUCACAUGGCGCGUCGAACUGAAAUCCGGAAAGACUAUCUCCGCUGUUGAUUUGCAGAGAGAGUAUCUUAACUUCGUUCAGGCUUUGAUUACCGAACGCGACGAAGAGACCGAGUGGGUGCUUGCGGCAUGGGAGUCUAUCCUUGAUGACCUCGAAGAUGAUUGGCUAAAUGUUAUUGAUCGUGUCGAUUGGGCAGCAAAAAAAUGGCUGCUUGAAGCUUUCAUUGAUGAAGAGAAAUUAGAUUGGGAAGAUCCUUGGAUUAAAAGUCAAGAUUUAGAAUAUCAUAACAUCCGUACUGAAAGUGGACUUUACUACGCACUUCAGGAGCAGGGUCAGGUGCAAAGGGUUGUCACCGAUGAACAUAUUCUGCACGCCGUUGACAACGCACCACAAGAUACCCGUGCCAAAGUUCGGGCGUUCCUAAUGCGUACGCUCACCCAAAACCGAAUGCCUUGUAUUGUUGAUUGGCAUCAAAUAUAUGCAGGACAUACAGAAUAUUUUGAGAUGAAAGAACCGUUUGACACCAACAUCACGAAGGCGCAAAGAUGGAUGAAAAGGCUACGGAAGCGACCCGCGCGAACUUGA